AUGUCCAUCCACUCGUCAUCUUCCCAUGACAAGGACAUUGUCCAGAUUGUGGAAGACUCCAUAGGGCUGUCAAAAACAGAUACCCGCUCAUCGCAUGUUUCCAGGGCCUCCAAGGCCUCCCGAGCUGCCUCGGACUACCAGAUAGACCACAUUUACGGCGACAUGGACCGUCGAGAAAUCACGCUGGCCAGGCAAAUCACCCGAGAAACAAUUCUUAGUGCCUACCAGGAAAAGGUGCGGUCCCGUGCCUCUUCAAUUAUCAACGGCAAAAUCGACCCGUCUACAGCGCCUCCUCCUCCUCUCAAAAACGGAGGAGAUGGCUCACAGUUUUUGGAUGUGGAUCCAGAACUGGUUACGUGGGACGGAGACGAGGACCCUGAAAACCCCCAGAACUGGCACACAUACAAAAAGGUGGCUACAACUGUCAUUGUGUCACUCUACACAUUCGUUUCUCCUCUCACAUCUUCCAUCAUUUCUCCUGCAGUGCCUGCCAUUGCUGCCGAAUACAACGAAACGCGGCCUGUCGUGCAAUCGCUCAUGGUGUCCAUCAUGAUUCUCGCCUGGGCCAUUUGUCCACUGUUUGUGGCGCCUUUGUCGGAAAUGUACGGCCGAAAAAUCGUCAUGGACGUGUCCAUUCUAGUGCUACUGGCCUUCACUCUUGGUUGUGGAGGGGCUCAAAAUACAGCCCAGAUGGCCGUCUGUCGAUUCUUUGCAGGCGUGGGAGGUGCUGCUCCACUCUCUGUGGGCGCUGGUGUGCUGGCAGACCUGUAUUCGCCCCAAAAACGAGGUACUGCGUUGGCCUGGUACGCUAUUGGACCCACUGUAGGCCCCGUUGUCGCUCCUAUUGCUGCAGGAUGGAUCGUGCAAGAAACGAACACGUGGAGAUGGGUCAUGUGGGUCGACGGUAUCUUUAUUGGAUGUGUCGCAGCAUGUGGGUUUCUUUUUUACUCGGAAACUUAUCCUCCUGUUUUGCUGCAGAGAAAGGCCAAGAAACUGAGAAAGGAGUCUGGAAAUGACGCCCUGCAUACGAUCUACGACAUUGCAAGUGAACCUCUUUCUUCCAAACUCUACACUUCCAUGACCCGACCUUUGCGUAUCCUUGUGACCCAUCCCAUUGUUAUGGGUCUCGGUCUGUUCAUGGCUUUCACUUACGGCUUCAUGUACAUUAUGAUUGUGACUUUCCCUGCUCUAUGGACCGAGCGGUAUGGCUUUUCACUGGGUAUCAUGGGUCUGACCUUCCUAGGCAUGGGUAUCGGCUUUCUGGCAGGCACAUGGUUCUGGUGCGUCUACACCCAAAAAGUCUACAUUAAAUUACGAGACCAGAAUGGUGGAGUUCCCAAACCCGAGUUCAGACUACCUUGCAUCUUUGCUGCUCCCUUUUUGGAAUGUAUUGGUCUCAUUUGGUACGGCUGGAGUGCUGAGAGUCACGUCCAUUGGAUCAUGCCCAUCAUUGGAACCGGUAUUUUCUCUUUUGCAGUCAUGGACGUGUUCCAGACAAUCCAGACGUACUUGAUUGACAUGAACCCGCGGUUCUCAGCCUCGUAUGUUGCCUCCGCCUCGCUGUUCAGAUCGUUGUUUGGUUUCGCCAUGCCCCUGUUUGGCAGACAAAUGUACGACGCCAUGGGAUACGGCUGGGCCAACACAAUGUGCGGCAUUCUGGCGGUGGUGCUGGGUCUGCCUUUCCCCAUCAUUGUGUGGUUUUACGGAGAACGGAUCCGAAACCGCUUCGAUAAGAAACUGGAAGCCUCGCAGGCCAAGAAGGACGAAAAGAACAUGGAGAAGAUGCGAAAGCGAGAACUGGAACGGGAGCUCAAGGAACAGGAGAAGCUGGAUAAGGAGAAGAAUGAACACGUGCAUUUUGUUGCCGUGGAAACAUCUCCUUCCAUCAAAAAUGAAGACUCCCUCUAA